GGUUUGCCAUGCAAGUCGGUGGCCUCUUGGCCUUGCUAACAGCAACUGUUGUGAUCGCUGUGGAUCCCCAAGCGAUGCUCUGCGCUGAUGAUAACACGCCAGCUUGUGCAAGGACUCGUGGCGAGUAUGUAAUAUUCAAGAACGAGUGCGAUUUGCGGAAGGCGCAACGUGAGAAUCUAAUGGGUAGCCCUUUGUUCGAUGUCGCCCUGCAUUAUUGUCUGCCCAACUGUGACUUUGUGUGCGAUGCCAACUUUCAGCCGAUUUGUGGCGUCAAUGUCGAUUCGGGUGAACGGAAGACGUUCAGGAAUCGUUGCGAAAUGAUCCGCACCUCGUGCUUCAGCAGCUCCGAAUGGCUGGUGUACAAGUGGGGCAUGUGUCCGCGUGCCCAAAAACAGCUGCAGUCCAAACAGCCGACUUCGCAUACUCUGCUCGUGGGUCAGCGCAAGCGUCGUCGCCUCAUACCCUGCACGAGUUUGUAUCGUCCUGUGUGCGCAACAUAUGCCGGCGUCAAGUCCACCUUCUCCAAUGAGUGUCUGGUCAAUGCUGAGAAUAUCCGAACUGGUAGAAAUUGGCGCAUCAUUUCGGAGGGACUCUGCGGGGAGGACAGCAUCAAAAUGAAGCAAAAUCGCAAAUUAAAGCCGAAAAUGAAGCCAAAGGUCGAAAUGGAGCGCAGCAAGCGCAGCCAUAAGUUGAAUCAGCUGAAUGACUUUGAGAUAUCGGAGGAUGCGGUGCAAAUCUUUGCGCCAUCCACAUUUCACACCCAAUUUAUCAGCAACACGGGCACCAUUGAGAACAGCUACUCACUGCCCGCCCGCAAGCCCCAACUGACCAAGCCCCAGCGCCAGCCCCAAUCGCAGCCCCAAUCGCAGCCCCAAUCCCAGCCCAAGGCCAGUGGUAUCCAUGGCAGCUAUGGCUAUGGCCGCCGCCGGUCACAAAAAGAGGUUAAGCACUGUGUGUUCAGUAAUGAACCCGUCUGCGGCAGUUUCAAUGGCGAGAGUCGCACUUUUGUCAAUGUGUGCGCUCUGAUGGAGUUCAGCCAAAUGGUGGGCAAUGCAUGGACCAUUCUGUAUGAGGGCAGCUGUCGUCGCUGCGAUAAGCCCUGCCCCACUGUAUAUAGUCCGAUUUGUGCGAAUCGCAAUGGCAUUAGCUAUACAAUCAUCAAUGAAUGCUAUUUGGACCGUGUGCGCUGCAAGGAUCCCAAUAGCGACUGGAAGAUCUUGCACAAGGGUGAUUGUGUCCCACACACCGAUGAGGUUGCCCAGAGUUUUCCUGCGCCCAGUCCGAAGCCAUCGUCGUAUGCACUCCGAUUACUCUAUGUAGACAAACACAAAGGCAGCAACUCGCCAACAGAUACAGCCCACUCUGCCACAACAACUACUGCAAAGCCAAGAUUACCAAAUAAAAUGAGAUCUCGCCUUGCAAGCCCAUUGAAAAAAGCUCCGCAUAUGGCACGACCUAUGCCCAAGAAAUUCAAGCGACCAAUGCCAACUCCCAAGGAUCUAAGCAAUCGCAAAAUACGCAAAAUUCAGCCAACCACAUUCGAAGGACGCAACCCAAACGAUCUGCGGAUGCAACCCAUUAAGGUGACAGCCACGUCCAUGCUGGGAUCUUUCCAGGAGAGCCAGCAGAGCCUGGCCUCUGCCAAGGCUCAGUUCAAUAAGCGGCCAACCGUGAAGAAGGUACACAGUGACAAAUAUCCAUAUUGUUAUUGGCCGCAAAAUCCAACCACGCCCACGCAUUAUUUGGCCACAACCGUAGCGCCGAUAACAACAACAACAACAACUACAACAAACCCAGCUCCAACGAAUAUUCUUCAGGGAUUUUCUGAAUCAGAUGUCCUCAAUUUCGAAAUAAAAUCAGCAAGUGAUCUCUUUGGCGAAAUCGAAGCCAAUUCAGAAAUACUGCUCGUGAUGGACACAACCAGCGAAGCGGCAAAGGACACAGAAACAGAGGCAGCAACCACAAUUGCGACAACCCCAAUGGCAACCACAGCUGAGAAAACAGAACUGGAAGAAUCCACUUCCAAUAAUAUUAUUGAUGUUAACACUAUUGAAAUGCUUGAACAAAGCUCAGCGGCAACAACCACAUCUAGCGAAAGAUCAACUACAACAAACUUAGACUACAACUCAGAUGAGCCGUUGGCGAAUCAAAGCGAGCAAACCUCAAUUUAUGGUCUCGAUAAGAACUCGCUGAUAAUGCGAUUACUGCGCGCCAGGAGUGGCAAAAAUAUGGUUUUGUAGUCUAUUUCUUGUUUUUUAUAUAUCGUAAGUUAGCAAUUCAUUUUGUAUGGAGCCAGUGAUAUAAGUGCUCUGUAUGCUGUGUAGAGUUAUUAAAUGCUGUAAGCUUAUUGUAGCUUUCGAAAUACAUUUUGUACAUCUUAGAAGAUAAUAUAGUUUCUAU